CUGAAGCAAGCAGCAGCUCAUUGCAAGUUAGGGACUGCUGCUGCCGAGCCAGGCUUCCUCUUUAACUUUCUAACUUUCUUUAACUUUUUGCUAUGCGCUUCAGACACCUUUAGACAGUCAGUAAGAAUUCAUCCAGAUGACUGUGACCCGAGAACGACCCAUGACCUAUUCCAAAAUGAGGGGGCUUAUGUCGUUUUUCUCAGCUCUGCUCAAGAAGAAAGCUGACUUCAGUGAGUUCCUACACAAACUUGUCUCCAGUCAACAGUUUUGUCAACACUUGGACCCUCAGAAAAUCCUGCAGAGACAGAGCAGAUUGAGAAGACGGAAGGAAGAGAAAGGCACAGGGAGCCUAGUAAACACAGAAACCUCCUUACAGAUGAAACCAUCAGAUUUUGACUACAUCAAAGUUAUUGGCAAGGGAAGCUUUGGAAAGGUGCUACUAGCAAAACACAGAAAACAUGGAGGAUACUAUGCUGUGAAAGUGCUUCAGAAACAGAUGAUCGUCAAGAGAAAAGAGCAGAGGCAUGUGAUGGUUGAGAGAAGUGUACUGCUGAAAGGACUACAACAUCCAUUCCUGGUGGGGCUCCACUUCUCUUUCCAGACGUCAAACAUGCUCUACUUUGUGCUGGAUUACGUUAAUGGAGGGGAGCUCUUUUACCAUCUUCAGAGAGAAGGAUCCUUUUCUGAACCUAGAGCUGCUUUCUACGCUGCGGAGAUGCUCAUGGCUCUGGGCUACCUCCACUCUCUUGACAUCGUCUAUAGAGACCUGAAGCCUGAGAACAUCUUGCUCGACAGCAAAGGUCAUGUUAUGCUGACUGACUUUGGUCUUUGUAAAGAAGGAGUGACUGUAGGAGGGAUCAUGCACACAUUCUGUGGGACUCCAGAGUACCUUGCUCCUGAGGUGCUACAAGGCCAGCCUUAUAGUCCAUCAGUGGACUGGUGGGGCCUUGGCACAGUGCUAUUUGAGAUGCUCUAUGGAAUGCCUCCAUUUUAUAGCCAUAGGAAGGCAGAGAUGUUUGAGAACAUACUUCAUGCUCCUCUGCAGCUGCGUAGUGGAGUCUCUGAAGCUGCCUGCUCGCUUUUGGAGGGACUGCUGGAAAGAGAUGUCAAAAAACGCUUAGGCUGUGACCUUAUAGAACUGCAGGAUCAUCCCUUUUUUGCAUCCAUUGACUGGGAUGACCUCCUGGCCAGGAAAAUUAAACCCCCAUUCAUCCCAAAUGUGACUGGUCCAUGUGAUGUCAGCUACAUCGACCCCGAGUUCACAUUACUUCCUGUCCCUGCCUCUGUGAAUGAUAGGUGUCAGGCAGGCGGGACCAGUGAGGCUUUCCCAGGAUUCUCCUUCAUGAACCCCACGGAGUACGUGGCAGUUGAGCCAGUUUCAUAACCCCGCUACAGCCUCAGGGAGCAUGUUUGUUGAAAUAUUUAUUUUUGGUAAAUUAUGAAACUUAAUUUUUUAAUGUUUGAGCAAAAUAUUCAUAAACCAACAGUGCAGUGAGCUGUAUGUUUUUCUGCUGACACACUAAUGUGUUGUGUGAGUACUGUUUUUUGGCAUUGGUUGAUUUUGUGAAAUAGGCUGGUUACUGUUUCACAAGCCCUACCUACCUUAUUGUGUGAAAAGACAAAAUAAUAAACACUCAUUCUGAAGCA